UUGGGUUGCCAACUGCCGCCAUGGGUCAGGGUUGGGUUGCCGGCAGUGGAAGAAAAGUGAGGAACAAGCAUGCAACAAAGUGAGGGGAAAACGAUGAUAUCUCUGCCUCUGCGAAAUUGCAUAUGACAGGCUCUGGGCCUGUUGGUGUUUUCUAAGGGGGGGAAAACCCCCCAUACAAAAAAACAAGGGGGGUGGAAAAACAAAAUGACGCCACGGCCAGAUUCACAUUACCGCGUCUUGACCACGAGGCUGACAGCUGUGAGCUUGUUUACCUUUUUCUCUCACGCACCAUGCGAGUAGUCAUGUUCUUCGUCCUUCUGAUCUUCAAGCUCGGAUUUCCUACUCUCUACAAAGCAUACGAAUUCGUCAAAUCACUGUUUCAACCGUUUCGUAGUGGUACUCAUCGCACCAGCAAAGGAAAGAACACCGUUCACUUUGCUGAGCCAAUCAGCCACGUUCGCAUUGUUUACCAAUCUUUCUCGAGAUUCUUCUAAAGCCCAAAA